UUCGACGUCAUCGGGCCCGGUCUUUCUGCGGUUCCAGCUUUUUGGCUUUUCUGGAAUUUUUUGGGUUUUUCGCUGGUCUCUCUUCUCUUCUCUUCUAUCUUCUCUCUAUCUUCUCUCUUCUUUUUUUUUUCUUUUUUUGACUCUCUGGCUCCUAUUAAACUCAACUCGUUUAGACUUCCCUCGUUGCCGCACCCUGGGGUUUCUGCUUCUUUGUGGGUUAUUAGUUAAUUCUCCCCUCAAUUCUAUUUUAUCCAUCUCCUUCCCAUAUUCUUUGCCAUCUUACUACUCUACCUACCUACCCUACCUCAAGGACAAAACCGCUCUGCCUUUGUUCCUUUGACUCCCCACAGAAAGGUCUCGGUGUUCCCUUCACACUCCCAGCUACGUCAUUUCUGCGGGCCCUUGCUCCCCUUAUCCGCUCACAACGCUCGCCCACAACUUGCAACCCGGACGCCCCCCUCCCCCCCCCCUCCCCACUCGAACCUCUACUCUCCUCCCAGCUAGCUACAUGGUACAAGACUACAAACCCUCGCUACCCCUCGCCCCCGCAACCACACACCACUUGAAUUCUAAUAAUAGCCCAUAUACCAACCAACCGCCCACCAGUUUUUUCCCCAGCUUGUGGUUGUGGAAUGUGGCUAUAGUCCCCACCCAAAAAAGCCCGCGUCGCGAUUAGAGCUUAUUCUCUCCUGCUGCAUGUGCCUGUGUGGCGUGCGCCUUUUUGUCAGCUCUACUCCGUACCUCCUCCUCGUAGCCGUUAAUUGAUAUAUAUUAUCAACCGCCCGUUGGCACGUCGAUGCUAUUCACGCUUGCCACCGUACGCCGACCUACGUCAGAUCUUGCGUUGUGAUCACCCGCUAUUGCUGCUGUUGUCGUUGUUGUCCUCCCCCGGCAAACCAUGCUCUCUUUAAUAUCGAACCUUACUGGAGCAUGGCGUUCGCUUAUCGUCAGGAACAACUUCGUUAUUUGACAUUGACACCUCUUUGAAACAAUUGGAACAAAUCAAGUUUUAUCAUAGUAUUAUAUACACUAUACGCUAUACGCUAUACGCUAUACCAUACCCAUCUACUAAAGAGAGGCAGAAACUUUCGCUCUGUCCAAUUCUCUCUCUCUCUCUCUCUCUCUCUCUCUUCUUUUCUUUUCUUUUCUUUUUCUUUUUUUUUUUUUUUUUUCUUUCGCCGAGAAACAAUCGGAAUCUGAAAUCCCCUUUCUUGCAAAAUAUGUCGGCAACCACGACGUUGCCCUCUCCACAAGCUUGGAGCCCCAGCAUUACGGCCGCCGCUGUGUCGACUACCCCGUUGGGAAUGCCACCGCGGACUCCCGCAUCUGUCGGCCAAAUGACCGCUCCUAUCCUGGGCUCUGGAGCCACCCUCUCCCCGCGGAUCUCGCGCGAUUCGUCCAACAGCUACUUCGGCAUCGUCGAUUUCACAUCCACUAACCCAUCCAGUUCAACACCAGGAAUACAUGCGCGCAAGACCUGGAAUUUACCGGCGGUCUCGCCAGGACCUGGUGGGAAAAAUGGGAAUCGCCACUCGACUGGAUACAACUUCGAAUUCGAAGCAUUUAGGAAACAAUCAGAAUCAGCUGGGUUUGUUGCCGGCCAUAGAAUCUCGUCUAGUUUCGAGAAGCAAACGCAAGCCCUUCGAGAUAGAGAUCGCAAGGCUGAGGAGAGGCGCGAGAUGCGCACGCCUGCUUCGCCACUCCCAGUCGAACCCUCGUGGGCUAUACCGAGGUACGAUGAUAAGGCCAGCUACAUGAGCAUCGAUCCACAGUCGAGUAGCUCAAUAGGAGAAAUUAAGUCGGCUACUGCCUUUGUGAAGCCGAUGGUCCCAUCGACUAUGUCGAGCCCAGCUUCAACCAUACCACAGCUAAGGACUCCACUUGGUUCUGAGGGGCCUAUUGGCCUUCCCUCCCGUAUCGUGCUGCCCCCGCACGUCUCACGCCAUUCCUUUCCUGUCAGUAAAGCUCGCACUCUUCAACGGUCUGAGACUUCCCCAGCCAGUGUCGAUCAGGGCAACGUCCAACUCAUCCCGCCUAGCCGUUGUGCAGAAUUAUCCAAGUCAUUAUCAGACACCAUUUUGCUGUUAGAUGUUCGACCAUACCCGCAGUUUACCCUGGCAAGGAUAAAAGGUGCCUUGAAUUUGUGCAUACCCACGACGCUGUUAAAACGACCGUCUUUCAACCUGAAAAAAUUGGAGGAUACCUUUGCCGGCGAAGAAGAAAAGAAAAGGUUUGCGCGCUGGCAGCAAUGUACGCGAAUUAUUGUCUACGAUUCGUCUACGGUACACAUGAAGGACGCGUCUAGUUUGAUAAACGUAUUAAAAAAGUUCACCAACGAAGGGUGGAAAGGCGAGACAUCGAUACUGCGUGGUGGAUUUACGCAAUUCGCUGCCGAGUUUCCAGACCUCGUUGAAUCAAAUGAGAACAAUGAACCUGCCAACUUCGCAGGCCACCCGCGGUCAAUCAGUCUUGUGCUGCCAAACAAACCUGGCAUAGCGGGCGGUUGCAGCAUCCCGAAAUGCAGUACAACUACCCAUCCAUUCUUCUCAAACAUUCGGCAAAAUAUGGAUUUGAUAGGGGGCGUCGGGCAAAUUCCUAUCAAAUUGCCGCGAUCAAUGUCUGCGCAAUCUCGACAGAAGUUGCCCCGGUGGCUCGCGCAGGCUACCGAUGUUCAUGACAAGGGCAAGCGGGUUUCCGAUAGAUUUUUGCAGAUUGAGAAGGCGGAACAAAGCCGCAUGCAGGAAGCCUUGAGUGGUAAUGUAUCAUAUGGUUCGCCUGGGUCGGGGAGUCCAACGAAGGUGUUCCGUAUAGCGGGACUGGAACAGGGAGCGAAGAAUCGGUAUAACAAUAUCUAUCCGUACGAUCACUCGAGAGUUCGGCUACAAGGUGUACCUAGAGGUGCUUGCGACUACGUAAAUGCGAGUUUCAUUCAGUCCUCUCACUCGAACAAAAAAUAUAUUGCCACCCAAGCGCCAAUACCUGCUACGUUCAAUGACUUCUGGCGUGUCAUAUGGGAACAGGAUAUCCGAGUGAUUGUCAUGUUAACUGCAGAAUCAGAAGGUCCUCAACUGAAAUGCCAUCCAUACUGGAAAGCAGCAGACUACGGACCCAUAAACCUGAAAUUAUUCUCGGAACAACAAAUCCCACUCCUUCCUCCUCCUUCCCCCCAAAACACGCAACAGCAACAACAAAGCCGAUCCAGUGGCCAACGGCGAGCCACCAACCCACUCACACAAUUCGAAAAGCUCGACGCAAAAAAGAACUCGCAGACCACCCCUGGCGCUGGCGCCAAUGAUAACACCCCCUACGUCACUAUCCGCCGCCUUACACUCUCUCACUCCGCCUACCCCUUCCAACCCAUCCGCGAAAUCACGCAACUGCAAUACUCCAACUGGCCCGAUUUCGGCACACCCGCCGAACCCGCACAUCUAGUCAGGCUGAUCGAGGAGGUGAAUCGGAUUUCGCGGGCCACGAACGGGCGCGUGGCCGAGACUAGCAGUAGUAGUAGCGGGGCGGGGGAGACGACGACGCUAGACCCGGAGGCUGAGGGCCAGAGGCGGAUAUUGGUCCACUGCAGCGCUGGCUGCGGGCGGACGGGGACGUACUGUACCGUCGAUAGUGUUGUGGAUAUGCUGAAGAGGCAGCGGCGGGUGGCAUUGGCGGACCGGAAGAAACAGGCGGAGGGCUCGGGUGGGGGCCAUGCUGCUGGUGGUGAUGGCGAUAGUGCUGGUAAUAAUAGCAGUGGUGGUGUCGUUGGUGGAGAAGAUUGGCUCCGCCGCGAUGAUAUCGACCUGGUCGCAGCUACGGUUGAGGAUUUCAGGUUACAGAGACUCAGUAUGGUGCAGAGUCUUAAGCAGCUUGUGCUGUGUUAUGAGAGUGUGUUGGAGUGGAUUGCGCUGCAUGAGACGGAGCUUGGGAUUGGGGACGGCGAGGGGGCGGUUCAGAGUGGGAGUGGAAGUGAAACGGGCAGAGCCGAUUGGGAAGUGAUAGAAAUGGAGACUGGGCUUCGGACGAGUUAAGCUUAUAUAUAUACGUAGUAAGCUAGAGAUAAAAGGAUGAAAAACUCGGGUGAAUUUAAAGAAGAGAGCGAGUGUGUAUAUUAUAUUACUAUGUUUUUUUCUGUUCUUCAAUGUGAAAUAACUACGUGUUUUAUUAUUAUUAUUAUUAUUAUCAUCAUUUUAGAUAGUAUUUCUGUAUAAUUAUAUAUUAAUGUCUUAUUUAGUAUUGUCAUAGACAUAGAAUAAAAACCGCCCAGUCACA